AUGCUAGGCCACCAGUUCGCGUACUCUGCGGCACCUGUCCGCAAAGUACGGGAGGUUCAGUUUGGUAUCCUCUCUCCAGAGGAGAUAAAAGCGUAUUCUGUCGCCAAGAUUGAACAUCCCGAAGUCAUGGACGAAACCACGCACAAACCCAAGAUGGGAGGCCUGAUGGAUCCUAGAAUGGGAACAAUAGACCGUAACUUCAAGUGUCAGACGUGUGGAGAGGGGAUGUCGGAGUGUCCAGGUCACUUUGGGCACAUCGAGCUGGCGAGACCCGUUUUCCAUCCUGGCUUCAUCGUGAAAGUGAAGAAGAUUCUAGAGUGCAUAUGUGUUAAUUGCGGUCGUCUGAAGGCUGAUAGCUCCGACCCUGCCUUUGCGGAUCGCAUCAGGCACGUCCGCGAUCCGAAGGCGCGUAUGCAAGCCGUCUGGAACUACUGCAAAAGCAAAAUGAUAUGCGAGCCCGAUGAGCCGAAGGACGAGAACGAAGGGGGCGAUCAGGACGAGCCCAAGAAGGGCCAUGGCGGUUGCGGGGCUCAGCAGCCUCUGAUAAGGAAGGAGGGUCUCAAAUUGUUCGUUCAGUACAAGCGUGGGAAGGACGAAGACGAGUCGUUGCAGCCUGACAAGCGGUUGUUCCCACCGCACGAGGUGUACACCGCAUUGAAGAAGAUAUCAGAAUCGGAUCUACAUCUCCUCGGGCUCUCGGUCGACUACGCGCGACCAGAAUGGAUGAUUCUGACAGUGCUCCCCGUACCUCCUCCGCCCGUUCGGCCCAGUAUCGCGGUUGAUGGUGGUACCAUGCGCAGUGAGGACGACCUCACGUACAAGCUGGGCGACAUCAUCAAGGCCUCAGCUAAUGUACGACGAUGUGAGCAAGAGGGUGCGCCGGCGCACGUCAUUAACGAGUUCGAGCAAUUGCUGCAGUUUCAUGUCGCAACGUACAUGGACAAUGACAUCGCGGGUAUUCCCCAAGCUUUGCAGAAGUCGGGUCGUCCAGUAAAGGCCAUCCGCGCUCGCCUGAAGGGGAAGGAGGGUCGCCUUCGUGGUAACCUCAUGGGGAAGCGUGUCGAUUUCUCUGCUCGUACGGUCAUCACCGGCGAUCCUAACCUCGAGUUGGACGAGGUUGGUGUGCCGAGGAGCAUUGCCAUGAACCUGACUUUCCCCGAGCGAGUGACGCCAUAUAAUAUCGCAUACCUUCAGGAGCUUGUGCGGAACGGACCCACCGUCUACCCUGGUGCAAGAUACGUUGUACGCGAUACUGGAGAGCGAAUAGACCUCCGGUACAACAAGCGUGCCGAUGCUUUCUUGCAAUACGGAUGGAUCGUUGAGCGGCAUCUCAAAGACGGAGACUUCGUGCUAUUCAACCGGCAGCCUAGUUUGCACAAGAUGAGUAUGAUGAGCCACCGAGUCCGGCUCAUGCCUUACUCCACCUUCCGACUGAACCUCUCCGUUACGCCUCCGUACAACGCCGAUUUUGACGGCGACGAGAUGAACAUGCACGUGCCCCAGAGCGAAGAGACGCGAGCAGAGCUCUCACAAAUUGCUUGGGUACCUCGGCAGAUCAUUUCGCCGCAGGCCAAUAAGCCGGUUAUGGGUAUCGUCCAGGACACGCUUUGCGGUAUCAGGAAGUUCACGUUACGUGACACGUUCUUGGACUGGAACCAAGUCCAGAACAUCCUGCUGUGGGUUCCGGACUGGGAUGGCACUGUGCCGACACCUGCUAUCAUCAAGCCUAAGCCCAUGUGGACAGGCAAGCAGUUGCUCAGCAUGUGUAUUCCUCGUGGUAUCAACAUCUUCCGUGCCCCCGACCCGAAAUCUAACAACCCGGUAUUCGACGACGGCAUGAUGAUCGAGAACGGCGAUAUCGUCUUCGGAGUCGUGGAGAAGAAGACUGUCGGCGCCUCACAAGGAGGACUCGUCCACGUCGUAUUCCGCGAGAAGGGCCCCGAGGCGACGAGGACGCUUUUUACGGGUCUUCAGCAGGUUGUCAACUACUGGUUGUUCCACAACGGCUUCAGUAUUGGUAUCGGUGACACAAUCGCGGACAGAGGGACAAUGGACUACAUCCAGAAGCAGAUCGCGGAGCGCAAGCAGAACGUCCUUCAGAUCAUGGACGACGCUUACCACGAUCGUCUCAGGCCUUCACCCGGUAUGACGAUCCGCGAGUCGUUCGAGAAGAAGGUCGAGCGCGAGCUCAAUCUGGCGCGUGACCACAGCGGUCAGUAUGCCCAGAAGCAUCUCAAGGAGGACAACAACGUCAAGCAGAUGGUGGUCGCGGGUUCGAAGGGUUCCUUCAUCAACAUCUCACAGAUGUCCGUUUGUGUCGGGCAGCAGUCGGUCGAGGGAAAGCGCAUCCCAUUUGGUUUCCGCCAUCGUACCUUGCCCCACUUCACCAAGGAUGACUUCAGUCCGGAGGCGCGUGGGUUCGUCGAGAACUCGUAUUUGCGGGGUCUCACUCCCCAGGAGUUUUUCUUCCACGCUAUGGCUGGUCGUGAAGGUCUCAUCGAUACCGCCGUCAAGACGGCUGAGACGGGUUACAUCCAGCGACGUCUGGUGAAGGCCCUCGAGGACGUGCAAGUCUGCUAUGACGGCACGGUCCGCAACUCGCUCGGUGACCUUAUCCAGUUCAUCUACGGAGAAGACGGUAUGGACGGCGCGUUCAUCGAGCGACAGAACAUCGAGACGUUCGCUCUGAACAACACGCAGUUCGAGCACGACUUCCGUGUCGACGUCACGGACCCUCAAGGCGGCUUCCUUCCUGGCGUGCUGCAGGCGGGGCUAGACGACAGCUCCCUCGAACUUCAGGCGAAGUUGGACGAGGAGUUCGCCCAGCUAACUGAGGAUCGACAGCUACUUCGCACCUGGAUUUUCCCUAGCACUGACCCCGCCGCCCCUCGUUACCUUCCCGUCAACCUCCAGCGCAUCGUUCAAAACGCGAUCCAGAUCUUCCACAUUGACAGACGGAAGCCGAGCGACCUCGAACCCACCUACAUCAUCGAUUCCGUCCGCGAGUUGUGCAACCGGCUUGUGGUGGUGCGCGGCGAAGGUUCGCUAUCCAAGGAGGCCCAGCUCAACGCGACGCUCCUAUUCCGCAUGCACCUUCGUGCGACAUUUGCCACUCGCCGUGUGCUUGAACGCUACCACCUCAACCGCGAGGCGUUUGAGUGGGUGCUUGGUGAAGUUGAGACCAAGUUCAACCAGGCAGUCGCACACCCCGGCGAGAUGUGUGGUACUCUCGCAGCGCAGUCGAUCGGUGAGCCGGCAACCCAGAUGACAUUGAACACGUUCCACUACGCUGGUGUAUCGAGCAAGAAUGUCACGCUGGGUGUUCCACGUCUCAAGGAGAUCAUCAAUGUCGCGACGAACAUCAAGACGCCCUCGCUCAACGUCUACCUCGAGCCGGAAUUUGCGAGGGAUGCGUUGCUGGCCAAGAAUGUGCAGCAGGAGCUCGCGUUCACCUCCCUUCGCACUGUCACUGCCGCCGUCGAGAUCUGGUACGACCCCGACCCGAGCUCCACCAUCAUCCCGGAUGACGAGGACUUCGUUCAUGCCUUCUUUGCCAUUCCUGACGAGGAAGUCGAGCAGAAGCUGCACCUUAUGUCGCCCUGGCUGCUCCGUCUGGAGCUUGACCGUGCGAAGAUGAUCGAUCGCAAGCUGACGAUGACCUACGUCGCGAAUCGGAUCGCGCAGAGCUUCAAGACGGACCUUUUCGUGAUCUGGAGUGAGGACAACUCUGAGAAGCUCGUUGUCCGGUGUCGAGUACUCGGUGGUGCCGACAAAGACGAGGACGACUUAGGACAGGUUGAAGAGGACAUCUUCCUGCGGCAACUCGAGAACACCAUGCUGAACUCUGUCGAGCUUCGCGGUGUCCCGGGUAUCCAGCGUGCCUUCUUGCUGGAGCACGACAAGAUCAACAUCUCGCCGACGGGAAGCAUCGAGGCGCGUUCGGAGAAGGAGUGGGUGCUCGAGACGGACGGUGUCAAUUUGAAGACCGUCAUGUGCAUCGACGGUGUUGACUUCAAGCGGACAUACUCCAACAACUGCGUCGAGGUCUUCGACGUCUUGGGUAUUGAAGCAGCUCGUGCUGCCAUCAUGAAGGAACUCCGAAAUGUCAUCGAAUUCGACGGUUCGUACGUUAACUACCGCCAUCUCGCGCUCCUCUGCGACCUCAUGACACAUCGCGGCACACUCAUGGCCAUCACUCGCCACGGUAUCAACCGCGCGGACACGGGCGCGCUCAUGCGUUGUUCGUUCGAGGAGACGGUCGAGAUUCUCAUGGAGGCCGCCGCAGUUGGAGAGAAGGACGACUGUCACGGUAUUGCCGAGAACAUCUUGUUCGGACAGAUGGCACCUAUGGGUACAGGCGCUUUCGAAGUCGCCCUCGACAUCGACAUGUUGAAGGACGUCAUUGUUGACCACCGCUUGCCAGUGCAAACGAUGCUCGCAGCGCAGGCCGACGGUGGUAUGACCCCUGGUCAGGUCGCGAUGACGCCGUACGACAGCAACUCGCCAAUGUGGGCCCAGGACGUGUCAUUCAAGGGCGAGACCGCCGCGUUCUCGCCUCUAGCCGUCAACGGCGGUGAGGAGGCACCGGCGUCUUACAACCUCACGGGCUUCGGCAUAAGCCCCAUGGGUGCACACGGAGCGAUGUCGCCUGCAGGGGCCGGCUACAGUCCAAGCUCGCCCAACGCGUACUCGCCCACGUCGCCGUACCUUGCGCAGUCGCCAUUUGCAGGUGCGACCUCACCUAUGGGCACUUCGCCCUACGCGACCUCGCCAUUCUACGACCGCAGUCACGGCGCGACCUCGCCGACGUACUCACCGACGUCGCCUGCGCUGAACCUCACGUCGCCUGGGUACUCGCCAACGAGCCCGCGCUACUCCCCGACCUCUCCCUCCUUCUCCCCUACCUCGCCCCGCUACAGCCCCCAGUCCCCGUCCUUCAGCCCUACCUCUCCUCGCUACUCGCCUACGAGCCCCUCGUUCUCGCCUGCUUCUCCGCGAUACUCACCGACUUCUCCCGCACAGAUGUCGCCCACGUCGCCCAAAUACUCACCUACCUCCCCAACCUCGCCGGCGUCACCGAGAUAUUCACCCACUUCCCCUGCCUACUCCCCCACCUCCCCCGCAUAUUCCCCCGCGUCGCCUGCUUACAGCCCGACGUCGCCGCAAUGGUCGCCGUCCAGCCCAGCGCAGAAUCAGAAUGGAACGACGAACCGCGGACACUCGUACAGCACGUCGCCGUCUUGGGAUUGA